GGGAGGGCGAUGGAUCCCCCCCCAGCCUGCGGGAAAGAAUCGCUUCUGGCUCCGACCGGAGAUGCACGGAAAGGGCUGUAGAUGUCACUUUGCACCAGGAGAUGGCUGGGACUGAGCCCCGAAACUGUCCCGGUGGCUUUCUCCGAGGGGAAAGCAGAAAUGGACGUCGGUGCUGCUGCGUGCUCUUGCAAAGCCCAGAUCUGCGUGAAAUCCAGAGGCGUGAGUGAGUGAAUCCCAGGAGCUGCCGAGGGCGUAAGGAGAGCGGUGUGGAGAAGGAAGAAUCCAUUUAGAACCCGAUGAAUUCCCCCCCCAGAAAACAAAUGCGCAGCAAAAUCAAAGUUGUGGGUCACCGCAUUGAAGCCGGGUUAUCAAAAGCUGAGUGCGAGCCGUGGGAGAGCAGCUGAGACGAGACGGGGAGGCUUCGCUGCAGAGACGGAGUGCCACAAGGCAGCGUGGCCCGUUCGAGCUGAUGGAGGGGGAAAACAUCCUAAACGCGCCUACGCAGUGCUGGGAGGAAAACCACACCGACCCCAUCUUGCUGGGAAACGGGGCUUCAGCUUCUUCCAGUUUUUGGACUCCCACCCUGCCCCAAAUCCAGCAGAGCUCUCCAGAAACGUGAUAUCCACGGGCGGCACAGCAGCACAGGCAAAAAGGCUGAGGGUGAUGGAGGGGAACAUCAACAGUCAUCAUGUUUGGACAAGACCUACCCAUCUUACAUGCUGAAGCUCAGCUGCAUGUUUAGGACUACCACUGGAUCCAUGCUGGUAUUUGCCUAUUGAUGAUCAUCUCCCAAAACAUCUUUGUUCCUGGAAAGCUAGGAGAUGAGCACCUGGAGAUGAGCAGGGAGUAGUUGGAGACCGCAGCUGUGAGUGCCCCGGGCAGAGCUGCCUGCCUAGAGUAAAAUUGCAUCUGGAGACAUUUGGGCACGCAGGGUCUUCAUUUGUGCUGCAGGCUGCAGAGCUCAUGGACCUUCAGCAAGAAAGCUCGCUAGCAUCUGAACUUCACGACUGCAUCUACCCUUGUAGGACAAGGUUCUCCUGAGGCUAACCAGGCAUCCUUUUGCCACCAGGGAGUGGCCACGUGCAGACUACCUGCAGGAAAUGGUUGCUUGCCCUGACCGUGAUGUACAGCUUAUUAACCUGGGCUGGAGAUGCUCCAAAGCACAGUCUGUGGUCUUGGACACAGGAGGGAAUCCCCCAGUCUCGCUCAAGUGCUUGUCUACUCUGAAGCUCGUGGUGAUUGCUGAAAGUCACCAGUCCCAAGAUGUGCUUUAGCUCAAGAUCCUGGAAAGGUGACAAGGAGAUGUGGCCUGGCGUGGGGAUGGAGGCAGCUGUGCCAUGAAGUCCGUUAGCUGGCAGGGAGACUUGCAGACCUGAUGCCUACACAUCCACUCCAUGCCAGCUUUGCCCAUCCUUCCCAAAAAGAGCUGUCCUCCUGCGACACGAGGUGAAGAAAGCAAAUCCUGUGGGCUGAGGCUGGCAAAGGAAGCAGACUAGUCCAUGUGCAAAGGUGCUUUCAAUGCUUUUAUUCCGGGUGACAAGCUUGUGGUGGCAGCAACUGGCAUGCACAGCUCAAGACACAGACGAACACCGGGAACACACUGCCAAUCCCUCCCUGCGUCUGCGCUCUCCUUUCUUCUCCUCUUUUCCUGGUUGUGCCAUCCACUUCAGUGCUCACCUUCACGGCGCACUUUCUCUCCACGACCAAGCCCGGAGAUCCAUUCAUGGAGCUCGUGGAAGGGAAAAAGAUCUCCUGCAAGAAACUCCUCACCUUCCUGCUCUUCAGUUUCAUCUUCAGCUGCUGUCUCUUUGUUUCUUUUCGUCAGCUCAGGACUUCUGAGCCAGAGCAUUACGAUUCCAGUCCCUCUGCGCAAAUAGCCCAUGCUGGAAAUACCAGUGCCCCACCAAAGGGUGAACGCAGGCUGACCAUCCUGCUGUGGAAGUGGCCCUUCGGGCACCACUUCAAUUUCAUAAACUGCUCAGAGCUCUACGGCACCCCGGACUGCCACUUCACCAUCAACCGUAGCUUUUCCAAAAAGGCUGAUGCUGUGAUUAUGCAUCACAGGGAUGUGUGCAGGGACAUGGAGAGGCUGGCCCAGCUCCCCAGACUCCCGUCCCAGCGCUGGAUCUGGUUCAACCUGGAGUCCCCAACUAACUCUCCAAACUUAGGUGCCAUGGACAACCUCUUCAACCUGACCAUGUCUUACCGGAGAGACUCAGACAUCUUCACCCCUUAUGGGGAGCUGCAGCUCCUUGGCCAGCCCCAGCCCCUCAGGAUCCCACCUAAGACCAAGCUGGUGGCCUGGGUAGUCAGCAACUGGAGAGCAGGCUCCCACCGAGUAAAGUACUACCAGGAGCUGAAGAAACAUAUCGCUGUAGACGUCUAUGGGCGACAUCACUUGCCUCUGCCCUGGGACAAGCUCCUUCCCACUAUAUCCCAGUACAGCUUCUACCUGGCUUUCGAGAACUCACAGCAUGAAGACUACAUCACCGAGAAGCUCUGGAGGAAUGCCUUGUCCUCUGGAACCGUCCCUGUUGUGCUGGGGCCUCCUCGAGAAAACUACGAGCGCUUCUUGCCCCCUGACUCCUUCAUCCAUGUCGAUGACUUUGCCAGCGCUGGGGAUCUGGCGCGGUACCUGUGGGAGCUGAGCAAGGAUGCUGAGAGAUACCAGCGCUACUUCCAGUGGCGCAAGUGGUUGAAACCUGUGGCGGGGGCCGGCUGGGCCCUGCACGUCUGUAGAGCUUGUCACUUCUUGCAGACGACAGAGGCCAGGUACCAGGUUGUGCCCGAUCUGUCUGAGUGGUUCGUGUAACUGCUGUUUGCUCAGCUCUCUGCUGCACUGCAAUCUUUUUGUCCUUGCUGGCAGGCUGCGAUUUCACAGAAUGAUUGAACUUGAUGGAAACAAAGGGACAAGAGGAGCUUUGAAGCGAACAAGGACAAGGAAGCAAUUAGGUGUUUGUAUGUCUUUGUCUUACUGGAGAAUAAACUGUCAGAUAGAGUAGUACAUUGGGUUUUUUGCUGAUCUGUUAGUUACCUGAACAACUUGUUACGCUGGCUGCAGCUUGGUCUUUGGAGAAGUUCACCUCCAGUCUCUGCAAAGAGUUCCGGAUCAGCUCCACAGGCUGGAGAGCCAAAGCAAGUAGCCAAGGGGGAAGGUGAAAUAGCAAUACCAAUCAUAAACCUGUUUCAAGGCCUUUGUACUCUGCAAAGCUGCAACUUGAAGGGGUGGCCACGCCACGGGGGUGCCUGCUGCUGCAGGAGGAACUGGCCACGCUCCUCUCUCCCAGCCCCGCAGCCCCAGUCAUGCCCUCGCUCUGCCUCAGGCUCUCCCUGACCGCCGUCGGGAUGCUGCAUCGGGAUGCUAAACAGGCAGAAACUACUCAAUUGAUUUUACAAGGCUGUUUUUUGGGCAGGCUAGCAAGACAGUGUGGCUUUGAGGAGGGGUCUGACUGCAGCAGACUGGUGCAGGUAAGGCGUGGGGUGCCGAGGAUGCCCCUGAAAGCACCGUAAGUUUUAGUGCCUGCAGCACCCUGUGGCAAGGAGACGCUCGGGAUCAGCGCGUGAUGAGCUACUUCCUCCUGUCUGCCUUGACCAUCGCAACUUCUGGCAUCGACUGAUGUCUCUAGGCCGCAUGUUUAAAAAUCAGUGAAUAAUUGGCCUUUAUUGAGCUUCCUGCUGCUGUCCAGGUCGUAUCACUGGAUAUUGUUUCCUUUUCAGGUAGAGGAGCCCCAUUGCAUGGAGUUGGCAGACACAGCUGUGCCCUCCCAGGCUCCCUGCCGAUACCUCUGGACAUUCAGUUUGUUUUCUUGACUGCUACUGAUCCUUGAGCUGAGCUUUUCAAAGGUCUGUCCUGACCCCAGGAUGUUUCCAUGAGGAAAAUGAGCUCAGAGUCCAGCAAUGCAUACAGAGGUGCAAUUGUUUUCUCCAUCAGCAGCGUUUAGCAAACAUUUCCAAAGAAUUCCCUCUGGAUUUCCUCCCGCAGUCAUUCUGUAGCAGAAGGACCAUCAGCAAGACCUUGCCUUUAGCGCUGCGAGUCCCUUAUUUCGAUUAACAACCUUUACCACCUUCGGUUUUUUCUCUGCUUUGCAGAUUGGUUGAAUACACUGACCAGCACAAGCCUAAAAACAAAUCCUUCACUCUGAAAUCUGAACCUUUAUCCUUCCCAUCUUUUUCCUGUCCUCCUAACAGUACCUGUCUAGAUGGGACCUUCCUGAGGCUGCUUAAUUUCUUGAAGAGCCCUUGCCGGACCUUAGCAAACCCCUUUGGAAAUUCAGGUGGACAAAUUUGCCACAUUUUCCUUAGCCAUGUGCUUGCUGGCUGCUUCAAAGAGCCAUAAAUUUGUGAGGCAUCCAUUUUUAUUGCCAAAUAAUUGUCCGUGCUUCUGCCUCUGCCUUGUCUGCCUGCAGACGCACACAUCUCCUCCUUGAGCAUGUAGCUCCUGGGAUCUCAUCAACCGACCCUAGUGCUCCUUCCAUCUUUAGAGCCAGUUCAGAGCAGCUGGAGAAAUUGAAGAUUUUAACAUUACUGAUUGAGCUGAUGUGGA